AUGGCGUCAGUAAUGGAUAGACAGAGUCACUCUUCGCCUAAAUCUACGGACAGAGAUGGGGUAACGGGUUCGGAUCACCAUGGGCUAGGGGGCAGUUAUCUGAAAGCCGAAGGCAAUGCUACAUCAUUGCUUGCUGGAGAAGAGGCGGCCACUCUUAGAGAAGCAUGUGGUACCUCAACUACUGCGGACUCGCCUCCAGGAUGCUCACCAAUGGGGUCAACUCUAGCCACAUCUCCAGUUGGGGAAAAUGCUCAGCAGAGAGUGGUCCCCAUGAGCAGUGUGCCAUCCAGUAGUCCUACAGAGACGCCAACUUUGUCUGGUCCUCCGUCACUAGCAUCUGCCAGCUGUGUUGGGGAUGAUAUGGCACUUGAUGCAGUGGCUGCUGCUGCUGCGACGGUCGCAGUUGAGGCAAUGAGCAAAUUGCAAGAACCACGAGAAAGCCGCACAGCAGAACUGCUGGAGAAUAGUGCUCGGGUGGCUUCCAGCGUUUGGAAGAGUGCGAGAAUAACAGCAACUACUGCGGCCGCAGUUACUGCGUCGAGGGUCGCGACGACGGACUUUUCAGCGCUUAGCGAAGCCACCGCGAAGCCUCUACGGGCUGCUGCAGAAUACGUAGGUUUGGGCUCUUAUCUGGGCUCAUGUACUGCAGCAGAGAAAGACAAAAGGGACGGCGAGCAUUCAGAGGGAGGUGCUACAUUGGCAGUUGAAGACGCUCCUGAACCUGCAGGCAGUGCUGACGGGAGCAGGUUCAGCGGUAACGUCCCUGUCCCAGUGGGUAAGGAGGGUGUAGCGAGCUAUGGCUGGUCGCUGGGAAGUUUACGCGUUCCUGUGUUGCCGCUGUGCUUCUGUGCCCCGAAUGCCGGACGCGACAAGCCGUUGAGCUGCACUGUGGCGGUAGCCGUAGCCGAUGCAGAAACGGAACUAGAGGGCAGCGACGCAGAGGCUGCAGCAGCAGAAUACAUGACCUCAAAUGCUUCUGCGUGUAUUGGCAUCGUGAAUGCUGGUGCUCCUACAGAGGAGCAGGAUCGUCCCCAAACUGAGAGCCCUCUUGGGGCUGGCGAUAUCUCAGACACUCCGGGAACACCUAGGGUAGUGGAAGCUGUUGAGGAACAUUCUCUUCAUGUUGCCGAAGGUUUUGUGGCAGGGCGGAAUAAAAAGAGUCACAGCGGGGACCGCGAAGAAGUUCGCAGCUGCGGAAGCCACGACGACAGAGUUGGUGCUACAAAGGGGUCGCUUCAUGGGAUGCGAGAUAAUGUGCAUGUCGAAGAUGUGAACGAGAAACCACCAGAGGUCGCAACAAGGACAGUACCGGACAAACUGCAAGAGGCACAGCACCAAAAGCAGACAGUAUGGGCUUCUUUGCGCUCGACUUUGGCAGACUCAUCUCGUCGCUCUGUGGAGGUUGCUCAGCAAGUAGCAGGCACGGCUGCCUCCGCUGCCAGCGUGGCAAAUAAGGCCCUUGAUGCCCUUGUGCUACCUCUUUUCGGUGCAUGUAUGACACCGCAAGCACGUGCUGACGGUGGCAUUUCAGGGUUGGCGGAGUCAUCUCCUGAGCAAGCUAGAAGCAGAGUGGAUCCUUCCGUCAAUCAGCCGCAUGUUCAGUCAGGAGGUGAACAGGCACAGUCAGAUCAGCCGAGACAUGGGGAGUCAGGACCAUCAUCUUCUGGGCUGCUGAGCGAGCUUCAGAGGCGGCAGCAGGCCCUUGCAGAGGCAGUGCGUGACCGAAGCAUAAACUUUGUCCAGCAUUCGGUGGCAUUGACAGCAUCAUCGAAUUUCUCUGAGGCCCGCUAUCACUUGGCGGAGAUCGUUGACACAGGUGGUCCUGAGGUCAGCGGAGUGUGGGCAGGCGUCAAGGUAGGGCUCGGGAUCGCGACGUUGGCUUCAGGGCAUUUGAUUUUGGGGGGUGCGAUGGUAGCUGUGGCAACGAGCUCGCUGGGUAGCGCUCUUUUGUGGGGCCGACAUCGUCAAGAAGUGUAUGAGAUAAUGCGCGGUGACUACCCAGAGGGUGGUGAGCGGUACCAGUCGUCUGAAGUGUCAUACAAUGAGGAAGGAGCUGAGGCGGAAUCGGGAACGCUUAUCAGCGCAAAGAGCAGCGCCACAUCACUUCAUCAGACUUCAGCACCCACAGCGUCUCGUGUAGCCGACGAGGCAGCAUUAGCAGAUGAUGACAAGUGUCUGACGACAGAGUCGACUGCAGCUUCAGGCUGUGCCAUUACAGCGCAUCGUGAUCAGUAG